AUGAUGCAUCAAACACAGGACUGCUCUGGCCACGAAGGGGAGAAGAACCGUCUCUCUGGGGCUGAUGGCAAGAAAGGGGGGGCGGCGGAGGAACCGCGGCCGAGCGGGUUGGGGAGGGCACGGGUCGCUGCGGCAAAGGAAGCAGAAAGAGAAAACGGGUCGCAACAAAGGGAAGCGCACGCUAUCAACAACAGGGCGAACCGCGCGAAAAUCUUGGCGCGGUUCUCGCGCCAGACCUACGAGAGAGCACCCGCUAAGAGUGUGAGAGGUAACCCGGCAGGAAUGCUGACGGCGAACGAGUGUAUGUGCCACGGGAACCCACAUAGCUGUCCGACGGUACGUGUACGGCAUUUUCACGGUUUCGCCUUGCGGAAACGAACGUCUUACCUCCAUCGGCGGCACCCCUAA